AUGGACUACUUCAAAUCAUUACCAUGGUUCGACGCUCUGACUAAGGAGCCAGGCUUUGAGACGUUUACCCCAGUCAGCCGCUCCAACGAAGAUUACGACGACGAUAAGGUUCCGAAAAACCAACUUCUGCGCCGGACCCUCAACAAUAGGGACGCGAUACCGCACUGCGUCGGCUUCUACAUGAAGCACACUCCACCGCAUGUCGAAGGACAUAAAAUAAGCGCUUCGAACUCAGUUGUGACCGAAAAGUCGCCCAAGAAGAGAUUCUUGGUACCAUCAUGUUCCGUUGCAUACGAUCUGCGUCCGGGAGUCAAUGGUUUAAACGGUACCGUUCAAGGUGGCUUUGCAGCAGCCCUGAUGGACGAUACAAUGAUCGACGUGAUCAUACUCAAUGACGAGGCGCAGCAACGCUAUGGAAUCGAAGGAGAGCUACCUGCGGACGUCGUGGACCUUCGUAGACAACACGCCGCCACUGCGUACAUCAACGUACAAUUUCGGAAGCCAAUUUUCACCCCGCAGGUUGUCGUUGUCACAGCUUCUCCAGUCAGCCUGAAGGGGCGCAAAUUGAUUCUCAGCGCCGAGAUUAAGGAUGAAAAAGGCGACAUCUGUGUCACAUGUGAAUCAUUGCUUAUCGGACUUCUCAAGGAGAAGAUUUGA